UUCAACGUUGAUUUGACGCUAACUUGACGUUAUCCGUGAAAAAAGUAUGUCUUUCAAUAAUAAAGUAGUGUUAGUGACUGGCGCAAGCUCCGGCAUCGGCGCAGCGUCGGCGUUACUCUUCGCCAAGGAAGGCGCGGACGUGGCUCUCGUCGCGAGGAACGCGGCCAAGCUCGCAGCCGUCGCCAGGCAAAUCGAAGCGCUAGCCAAGAAGCCACUGAUCAUCCAAGCCGAUAUUUCCAAUGAAACAGAAGCUAGCACAGUUGUCUCAAAAACGGUCAACCACUUUGGAAAAUUAGACGUACUCGUCAAUAAUGCUGGAAUAGAAGUACAGGGAUCCAUUCUGAACGGUAAUGCAUUAGAAGCGUACGAUAAAGUAAUGAAACUAAAUGUUCGAGCGGUGAUCCAGCUGACUACUUUAGCCGCUCCUUUCCUCGUUAAGACUAAAGGGAACAUUGUCAACGUUUCAAGCAUAGCAUCAACACUCACGAGCAAAUCGCCCACGGGCCUACCAUAUUACGUAUCAAAAGCGGCAUUGGACCAUUUUACUCGGUGUUCAGCACUGGAACUAGCUUCUACUGGAGUCAGAGUGAACAGCGUCAAUCCUGGACCGGUCGACAAUGAAUUUCCUACCAACAACAAUCUUGGAGAUGCCAGUGUUAUCAAUCUGGAACGCGCGAAAAUCUCUGCCCUCGGAUUUCUGGCCAAGAGCGAGGAGAUUGCUGACGUGAUCCUGUUCCUAGCUAGCGAGAAGGCUAAAAGCGUUACUGGUUCCAGCUAUGUCAUUGACAACGGGUUCCUUUUAAAGGGGUAACAGAAAUAAAC